AGAUUCUCUCUUGAAUUCUUCAAGGAAACGAGAGUGAUUCAGGGCUUUCACAAUGAGGUGGAAUUCAUUCUACACCAAAGCUUCUAAGGCUUUUCAUGAUCAUCCUUCCAUCUCCAAGCUUCUCAUUGUUUUCACUGUCAGUGGAGGUGGAUUGGUGGCAGCUACUAAUGGCAGAUCUCUGUAUCAUUCUACAUAUGCUGAUGCAGUCCAACAAGAUGGUGACUACAAGAAGAAGAAAGUGGUAGUGCUUGGAACAGGAUGGGCUGGCACUAGUUUUUUGAAGAAUCUCAAGAGCUCCUCUUAUGAUGUUCAUGUUAUUUCUCCUCAUAAUUACUUUGCUUUCACCCCUUUGCUUCCUAGUGUCACCUGUGGCACAGUUGAAGCACGCAGCAUUGUCGAACCAAUUCGUGCUAUUACAAAGAAGAAAGGUCUGAAUAUUGAAUUUAGGGAAGCUGAGUGCUAUAAGAUUGAUGCAGAGAAGAAGGUGUUGUUCUGUCGAUCAAGUCAAGACACAAAUUUGGGUGGCAGAGAAGAAUUUUCUGUUGAUUAUGACUAUCUGAUUAUAGCUAUGGGAGCUAAAUCCAACACUUUCAACACACCUGGAGUUGAGGAAAAUGCUCACUUCCUGAAGGGAGUGGAAGAUGCUCAGAGGAUUCGUCAGACCGUAAUCGAUUGUUUCGAGCGAGCCAGCCUUCCAAAUAUAAGUGAAGAAGAGAAGAAGAGAACUCUUCACUUUGUAAUAGUUGGAGGUGGUCCAACUGGGGUGGAAUUUGCAGCAGAGCUUCAUGACUUUGCAGUUGAGGAUUUAGCAGGGUUGUAUCCUUCAUUGAAAGACUACGUGAAAAUAACCCUCCUAGAGGCAGGGGAUCAUAUUUUGAACAUGUUUGACAAGAGGAUUACUGCCUUUGCUGAAGAAAAAUUUCAAAGAGAUGGGAUUGAAUUAAAAACUGGUUCCAUGGUUGUAAAAGUAACCGAUAGGGAAAUCUCCACCAAAGAAAGAGCAACCGGUGAAUUCGUGUCUAUUCCUUAUGGAAUGGUCGUCUGGUCUACCGGCAUCGCCCCUCGUCCUCAAGUUGUUGAUUUCAUGAAGCAGAUUGGUCAGACUAACAGAAGAGCUUUGGCAACUGAUGAGUGGCUAAGGGUUGAAGGAUGUGAUAGUGUCUAUGCUCUUGGUGAUUGUGCCACUGUAAAUCAAAGAAGAGUCAUGGAAGAUAUUGCAGUAAUAUUCAGCAAGGCAGACAAGGACAAGUCAGGAACUUUAGCCCUGCAAGAGUUCCAUGAAGUGGUAGAUGAUAUUUGUGAGAGGUACCCUCAAGUAGAAAUCUAUCUGAAGAAGAAGCAGUUGAAGAACUUUUCAGCUUUGUUGAAGAAGACGCAGUCCGACUCACAGAAACAGUCGGCCGAACUGGAUAUCGAAAGCUUUAAGUCCUUACUUUCGGAAGUUGAUUCUCAGAUGAAAAAUCUCCCUGCUACUGCUCAAGUUGCUGCUCAACAAGGUGAAUAUCUUGCAAGCUGCUUCAACAGGAUGGAGCAGUGCGGAAAGUACCCUGAAGGCCCUCUCCGAUUUCGAGGGACAGGACGCCACAGGUUUCACCCCUUCAGGUAUAAGCAUUUUGGGCAGUUUGCUCCUCUUGGGGGAGAACAAACUGCAGCUCAACUUCCUGGAGAUUGGAUCUCAAUUGGUCAUAGCACCCAGUGGCUUUGGUACUCUGUUUAUGCCAGCAAGCUAGUAAGUUGGCGCACAAGGAUUCUGGUCAUGUCAGAUUGGGGUAGAAGAUUCAUAUUUGGCAGGGAUUCAAGCAGAAUCUGAUCUCUCCUUCAAAACAGUCAACUCUACAAAUUGAACAACAUUUGAUCUUAU